UGUGGGGUUGGAGUUGGUGGUGGGCGCUUUCCUCGGGGCUGCUGCGCGUCGGGUGUGCCCCGCUCGGGCGAGCGGUGGGUCGGGGAUGCGGAGGCCGGGGAAGACUCCGCGGACUGUUUCUAGAAGCCCAGAUGUGCCCGUGGGCGUGGGGCCGGGCCUUCCGGGGGUGUCCGCUGCGUAACAAAGGACGGAGCCCUGGGACCCUCUGGUCCACUCUGCGGACUUACCAGCAAGUCACAAAAGGAACUUUAGUCGGUGAGCCUAACUGAAAGUACAGCAGAAAGGCAUUUCCCCCAUGAACGUGCUGCUGAGUCUCAAAUGUUGACUAAAGGUGCUGGCCGCCGGCUGCCAUGCUCUCCACGUGAACGUGCGCCCGUCCUAGCAGCGCGUCCUCGGGGAAGCCGUGAGCCCUUCUGAGAAUGGAGAGAUAGGACCCCGUCGCGGCGCCCCGCGACACAAAGCCGUGCCGCCACCCGCGCCGCGCUGUCCCUCGGAUGGAUCGCAGCAGAGAAGCCGAGAUGGAGCUGAGGCGGGGCCCCAGCCCCACCAGGGCUGGCAGGGGCCACGAGACGGAUGGGGACAAGGCCACGUGCCACAGCUGCUGCAUCUGUGGCAAGAGCUUCCCCUUCCAGAGCUCGCUUUCGCAGCACAUGCGCAAGCACACGGGCGAGAAGCCCUACAAGUGUCCCUACUGCGACCACAGGGCUUCCCAGAAGGGCAACCUGAAGAUUCACAUCCGCAGCCACCGCACGGGAACUUUGAUUCAGGGACACGAGCCAGAGGCGGGCGAGGCCCAGCUGGGCGAGAUGCGCGUGUCCGAGGGCCUGGACGCCUGCGCCAGCCCCACGAAGAGCACGUCGGCCUGCAACAGGCUCCUGAACGGCGCGGCGGACGGCAGUAGGGUCUUGAACGGCGCGGCGGACGGCAGCAGGCUCUUGCUGCGGAGCAGGAAGGGCGCGGAGGCCGCGUGCGCGCCGGAGGAGGCCAAGGCCACGGCCCAGUGCUCCUUCUGCAAGAGCCAGUUCGAGCGCAAGAAGGACCUGGAGCUGCACGUGCACCAGGCGCACAAGCCGUUCAAGUGCAGGCUGUGCAGCUACGUGACUCUGCGGGAGGAGUCGCUGCUGAGCCACAUCGAGAGGGACCACAUCACAGCGCAGGUACCCAACGGUGGCGAGGCGUGCGCGGAGAACGGCAAGCCCGAGAUGAGCCCCGGCGAGUUCCCCUGCGAGGUGUGCGGCCAGGCCUUCAGCCAGACCUGGUUCCUGAAGGCGCACAUGAAGAAGCACAGGGGCUCCUUCGACCACGGCUGCCACAUCUGUGGCCGCAGGUUCAAGGAGCCGUGGUUCCUCAAGAACCACAUGAAGGCGCACGGCCCCAAGACGGGGAGCAAGAACCGGCCGCGGAGCGAGCUGGACCUCAUCGCCACCAUCAACAACGUAGUCCAGGAGGAGGUGAUCGUCACCGGCCUGUCCCUCUACGAAGUCUGCACCAAGUGUGGGAACCUGUUUACAAACCUGGACAGCUUGAACGCCCAUAACGCCAUACACCGCAAGGUGGAGGCCAGCCGGGCGCGGGCCCCGGCCGAGGAGGGGGCCGCCGAGGGCCCCCCGGACACCAAGCAGUUCUUCCUACAGUGCCUGAACCUGAGGCCCUCGGUGGCCGACGACGUGCCCCUCGGCGGGCAGGCUGGAAGGCGGGUGGCGGAGCUGGACCCCGUCAACAGCUACCAAGCCUGGCAGCUGGCCACCAGGGGCAAGGUGGCCGAGCCGGCUGAGUACCUCAAGUACGGGGCCUGGGAUGAGGCGCUGGCCGGGGACGUGGCCUUCGACAAGGACCGGCGCGAGUACGUCCUGGUGAGCCAGGAGAAGCGCAAGCGCGAGCAGGAUGCGCCGGCCGCGCAGGGCCCCCCCCGGAAGAGGACAAGCGUGCCCGGGGACCCCAUGCUGCCCGGGCACCUCGACCCCAGGCCCGCCGCGCGCCCCAGCCGCAGGGCUGCGGCCACCACCGGCCAGGGCAAGUCGUCCGAGUGUUUCGAGUGCGGCAAGAUCUUCCGCACGUAUCACCAGAUGGUGCUGCACUCCCGCGUGCACCGCCGCGCACGCCGGGACAGGGACGGCGACAGCGACAGGCCCGUGCGCACCCGCUGCGGCUCGCUCAGCGAGGGCGACUCGGCCUCCCAGCCCAGCAGCCCUGGCUCGGCCUGCGCCCCCGCCGACUCCCCAGGCUCUGAAGACAGCGGCGAGGAGGGCGCCCCAGAAGCCGCACCAGGGGGACGGCCGAGCCGCUGCUGCUUUUCCGAAGAGGUGGCCUCAGCUGUGCUCUCCAACGGGGACCAGAGCCACAGGCUUGGCAGCAGCUCAUCAGGAAAGGACGCCAGCGAGUGCAAAGCGGGGGUCGCAGCGUCUGUGUCCAUACUUGAAAGCAGUCGCAGAGAGACGUCCAGAAGGCAGGAGCAACCUCGGCUUUCUAUUGACUUGAAGAUGCCAGCAUUUCACCCCACGCAGGAGGUGCCCGGCCCCGGCGACGGUGUGGACUUCCCUUCCGGCACGGAAGGGGUCGUCCUGCAGCUCUUGUCCGAGAGCCAGGCGAGUCACCCUAGAGAAAAGCUGUCCGAUUUGCACAAUAAGGAGCAUUCUGGGGGAGGCAAGAGGGCACCGGCCCCGGACCUCAUCCCGCUAGAUUUGAGUGCAAGGUCGACGCGGGAUGACCCCAGCUAUAAGGAGAUGGCAUCCUCCCUGCAGGCGGCUUUGGUCAUUCACCCGUGUCCUUACUGUGACCACAAGACCUACUACCCCGAGGUCCUGUGGAUGCACAAACGCAUCUGGCACAGGGUCAGCUGCAACUCCAUGGCCCCCCCGUGGAUUCAGCCCAACGGUUACAAAAGCAUAAGAAGCAACUUGGUUUUCCUUUCCCGGAGCGGACGCACGGGCCCCCCGCCUGCCCUCGGGGGCAAGGAGUGCCAGCCUCUGCUCCUGGCUCGCUUCACCCGCACCCAGGUGCCAGGCGGGGUGCCCGGGUCCAAGAGCAGCUCUUCUCCCCUGGGAGCGACCACGAAAGCCGCUAGCAUGCCUAAGAAUAAGGAGAGCCAUUCCGGGAGCCCCUGCGCACUGUGGGCGCCCAGCCCCGACGGGUACCGCCAGACCAAGCCCGGCCACGGCCAGGAGCAGUGCGGCGCUGCCGCGCAGGGGCCCCCUCCCAAGCCCAGGCCAGAGGCCAGCUCCAAACCGGUGCCUGCCCCCAGCAGCGGGGGCUUCAGCAGAAGUGCUACCCCUACACCCACCGUCAUAACUCGGGCCGGUGCCCAGCCAUCGGCCAACAGCAAGCCGGCAGAGAAGUGCGGGGUCCCCCCGGUGGGGGCCAGCUUUGCCCCCCCAAAUAAGCACAGUGCCCCGGACUCCCUGAAAGCCAAAUUCAGCCCUCAGCCUCAGGGUCAGCCUCCCGAGAAAGGCGAAGGGGGCCCUCCUCCUCUACCUCCCCGUGAGCCCCCCUUGAAGGCGGCCCAGGAGCUGAGGACCCUGGCUGCCUGCGCUGCGGGGCCCCGGGGGGAUGCAGCCUCGCAGGCCCAGCCCGGCGUGGCCGGGGCCCCUCCCGUCCUGCACUCCAUCAAGCAGGAGCCGACGGCCGAAGGGCACGAGAAGCGCUUGGACAUCCUCAACAUCUUUAAGACGUACAUUCCAAAGGACUUUGCCACCCUCUACCAGGGCUGGGGCGUCAGCAACCCUGGGCUGGAGCACAGAGGGACGCUCCGGACGCAGGCCCGGCCAGGAGACUUCGUCUGUGUCGAGUGCGGGAAGAGCUUUCACCAGCCCGGCCACCUCAGGGUCCACAUGCGGGCGCACACAGUGGUGUUUGAGUCGGACAGACCCCGGGGUUCUGAAGUUCACACCACCUCCGCAGAUGCCCCCAAACAAGGGAGAGACCAUUCUAACACAGGUACCGUCCACACAGUGCCUCUCGGAAAGGGAACCUAAAGACAUACUUCCGACGCCCCCGGACAGCCCCGCGAUGUCCCAGCAGCCUCCCGCCAGUGACUGUGAGCACCUGUGGAAGAACAGCCGGGGGACUCCCGACCAGACACCUCAAACCCUGGAGCCGCUGAGCUGGUGGAGACUGCGGGGAGAUGCCUCUCCUUGUUAGACAUUUAAGAAUAAAUGAAGAUGCUAUACUCUAGAGUUACAUGUAGAUACUGUGUACACGUAUGUGUGCUCACCGACCAUAGUCCUGUAUUUUCUUAUGCUACCCAGUGGCGCUGGCACACUGUAGGGACGCCAGGCAUCUGUCUUACUCGAGACAAGUUUGAGACACUGGAAAAAGAUACUCGUGUGUGUGGGACAGAGUGGGGAAGGUAAGCACUGUGGCGGAGCCUCCGGCGCGCUGGGACUGUGGAGACGAAGUCCGAGCCGACGGCGGUGGCUUGAGGCUGAUAAAGUAUUAAUACUACUGCCUCUCCUUGUCUUAGUGGGUAUUUAAAAUAGUGACUAGAAGAGAAGCAGAAGGUGGCGUUCGGUGCUGUGGAAAUCAGGCCUGGUGGCGUGGGAGCCGGUGGCAAGACCCCAGCCCUCCCCCGGCUCCGUGGCGUUACCUGCCGGGGCCGUCUGCACUUCCCGUGCUCGCUCCCGUGUCCCCACCACGUGUCCCGAGGGGUCCGGCGACGGAGACGCGUCUGUGGGGGUGCGUGUACUCUGCUUUGGAACAGAGAGCUAGUUAACACUAAGAAAGCAGGCGGCUUUGUGUACUCUCAGGACCUUUUUGUAACAGGGCUACAUUCUGCAAACUGCUCGCAAGGGAAGACGACGCGUCUUAACACACACUCAGCCGCCGAGUCCUCCCGAUUCGGACCUGUUUUAGCGAUGGCAGAAGAAUCCCUGAGCAGAUCGGGGGGCCCUAGGUCACUGGGGUGCUGAUGCUCUGGGAGCUUCUGUCUUCUUCCCCAUCCCUCCCCCUGCACCCCCCCAGCAAGUAGGUGUCUUUUCUCGUUGGGCCUGGUGACCCCCACAGGACGAGUGGCUUCGUUCAUGGAGGGUGGGGGUCCCCAGGCCUGUGGGUGGGGCGGCUUUAUAUACCUCUUCCUUAGUAGCGCAGAUGCAAGUCUUUGUGGUGGGGGUUAGGCCCAUAACAGAGGAUCUUAAACCACGCAGUGUACGCAGUCUGAAUUGUAUUCCACAGAUAUAAAUAUUUUCUUUUCCCGUUGCCGUGACACUGUGUGUGACGGUGAUAUUUCUGAGAGUUUCAGACUUUUGCACAUAUGAUUUUAUUAUGCAUUAUCAAAAGUUACUGCUGCCUUGAAUGAAAAUGUUCUGUGAAAGUUUUUGCAAAAGCUUUACUAGGUUUUUUUUUUAAUUGUGAAAUUUUGUAAAGGCAGGAAAUGGAGUAAAACGAGCAUGCUAAAUAUAUUUUUCAAAAAAAGCAAUAAUUUUACAUGUACAGAAAUUAUCCUAACCUUUAAUACUGGUGAGAAUGACAGUUUACUGAAUACAGUAAUGGAUUAGUGCAGUUUUUGUAGAAAAUGGGCUUCUGAUACGAGACUUGUUUAAACACACACACACACACACACACACAAACCCUGAAGUGUGGUUUCCUUGUGCUAAUUAUAUUAUUAUUAUUAUUAUUGUUGUUGUUAUUGUUAUUAGUUAAUGUUUGGUUCUGGAUUCUACUUGUUACUGAGUUUAAAUUACUUGACGGUUCAGGUUACUUUGCAACACUUGCAAACAAUGCAAUGUAACUGGCUAGCUUAUACAUAUAUAUAUUAUUUUCUUUUUUACUUAUUUUUUUCCUGAUAUUCUUACACCAGGUAUGUACGAGAAUGACCUGGUCCUGUUGGUGUAACUGGGAGUAUCCGGUGCAGAUACUAUUACGUGACUGUAAUGGGCUGUUCUGUAAAGUUAUUUUGAGCAAAGUUGCAGAGACACAUUCCUCUGUCCACCUAAGAAAUCAAAGUCUCUUUCUGUUGAUUUAUGUGGGAUCAUUUCAGUAGUUUUCCCAAAGUGACAAUUUCUGCAUUUCCUGGCUUUUAUUUUCUUGGCUGAAAGUAAGUGGUGGCAGUGAGGAAUGUGCAGGGACUCGUGGUCUGGUCCUGUCUGUUUCUCUGUGUUUUAGUUAUUAAAGAGACUUUCUGUACCCAAAGUGACACAAAGGCGUAGUCUACAUUUUUACCGUUGCUGACGCGGCGCGGGCGCGGCUGGCACUCGCAGCCGGAAGCGUCUUUGCGGCCGGCCAGUCUCCUCCCGGCGAGUCUGGGCUGGAGAGACGGCGUGACCCGUCCCGCGGGCAGCGCGCGGCCGAGCCUGGCCUCCAGGACAGCGGUGGCGGACGGUCAGCUGCCGUGACGGCGGCUGCCCAGAGUGCAGAGACGGGGUUUCCACGUAGUCAGACUCGGGGACCCUCCGAGAAUGCCACCCCACGUGGGUCCUUUCUUUCACUGAUCAUCAGUAUUGUAUUGGUUUGUUAAUUCGUUUCUGUCAGUUUGACCAUAGUAUUUAAUAUGAUUUGUGUUUUCUUAUUUAUUUAGCCAAUAUGUUUUGAUUCGCUUUUUUCGAAUGAUAAUUCCCGCAUGAUCCACUUCUGUACGUCGCCUUCUGACUGUUACAGACUCUCUACUACCUCCUACCAGUCUGCUGUUUCCUUGUUCCUAACAGGAUUUUUACAGUGUUGCGUCUAAUGUAACUUAGACAAUAAAGGGUUUGGUUGUCUACACUGCAGCUUCUCCGAGUCUCUCCCCUGCUCUGCGCUCACUGCCCGGCUCGCGCCCGGUCUGGCCGCGCCUCUGCCUCACGCUCCCUCCUCCCUGCUCACACCGCUUCCUCGUUCCUGAAUCCAGAUAACACACGAAUGAUGAGCUUCUAAAAAUCUUUCAGGUUAUUCACUUGUGCUCCUUAAUCUGAAGAAUGAACAUUUAAAUUCCCUGAAAAACGGGGGUAGUACGUAUCUGCUCUGGGAAGUUGUCCGCUGUACCCAUCCACAGUUCCCUGCUCCCUACAAAAUCUGUUAUUGUAAUCCUAGGUGACAAAUUUCCUCCUUGUCAGCACAAUACAAAUUUUCAAGCCUAGUGAAUUUUGUCUUUUUGGUUCUGAAAAGUAUUAGAUGUUUUAAGAGGUUACUCUUAAAAAAAUAUUUACUUAUUUUUUUUAAACCAAGAAAGACACUGGUUUCCUGAAAAUAAGGUGCUCCAGGAAGCAGCAGCUGGGAGUUAGCAUGCAGUCCCUCCGUGAGAUGCAGGAGCGUGGGUUUGGCAGGGGACCGUCCCAGACCUCCAAGACGCAGCUUCGCACUUGGCCACCCCGCACAGGUUGCUGAGAGAUGGUCUGAGCUCCUCCGUAAAGGCGCAGGCGCAGGGGGAUUCAGUGGCCUGAUGCUUGCUCCUGUAGGAUGCAGCGUUGAGCGGAGCAAGGGCAGGUUUCAUCUCUUGGUGGCCUCUCGGGGUGGUGGCUCUGGUCGCUCUGUGUCCUUCCGCGGAGAGGGGGAGUGUAGGCUGUGGAUGGAUGGCAGUGUCUUCCGGACCACCGACAGCCGGUCCACGCGUGGCAGACAGGACCUCCUGGGCUUUCGUGGCUGGAAACUGUACCGACAUUCCUUCUUUAAGACAAGACAAACAAGCAACCCUUCUACUACCCCUGGCCCCGCAAGUUUUGGGAAGUUUCAGUACUGUAGAGAAAGCAAGGAAAGACAGCAUUCGUAUAGCUUUACUUUCCCACUUCAGAGUGUCUGAAUCAGCGUAUGUUACUUUACUGCUUUUAACUUUGGUGGGUUCUAACUGAAGAACAUGUUAGUCAUUGAGCAAAAAAAGAAAAAAAAAAAAAUCGCAGGCCAGGAUUUCCAGUGACCGUGAGGCCUUUGCCAUGGUUGAGCGCACUGCAGGGGCCCUGAGGUACCUGUGGAAGGUGGCCCUGCGGCUCCGCCCAGGGGGAUGUUCAUUCUUCAUCAGCUUUGCUAAUUACACUUUGAGGCAGUAAAAUGCAAAAGACCAUAGAAUUUGUAUUUCCUUUUUUAAAAUACAAUUUAUAACAUUAUAUUUUGUACUCUUUAUAUUAGAAUUUGUAACUAGAUUGAUGUAUUUAACUCUAUUUCUGAAAAAGUAAUUCAAUGUUUUAGUUGUGUGAUAAAAAAUAUUUAGAUAAAACAUAUUCUAUUGGAAUUUGAAAUAAAUAAAAACAUCUUGGAGUUCU